UGCGGGGACUGCCGGGUGUGGACUAGGCAUGCGCAGUGCGCCCGCAUACCUGACUGUGAGCGCCUCCACUCACUUGUGUAUUGUUGACGGCAGAGUGGGAGUGUGGCGGGGCUGGUGUCGUGAGUGCUGUGAGACUUGCGCAGUAUGAACAGGUGCAGGCCGAUGUCGUAGCCUUUCUCACGGUGCAGUGUGUAAGUGCCACCUUGGCGCACUGCUUCUUGAUUCUGUGACGUUCUUAGUUGUAGUAAAUCAUGAGGAUGGCUAAGCGGGGCGGGGCAGACCCGACACCCAUCUGUCGCUGUCGAGUGCUGUACCUUGGGUCCUCCGUGCCCCAGGUGACCAAGGAUGGCCUCCAGGGCAUCCAAGAGCCUCUCAGGGAGCUGUAUCCUGCGGAGGGUGCCGUUAGUGCCCGUGGCAUCGACUCCUGGCUCUCCGUGUGGUCCAACGGGAUGUUGCUUGAGAACGUCGAUGAGAACCAGAAGAAGGUGACCCGCUUCUUCCCCAUUGAGUCAUUGCAUUACUGUGCGGCGGUGAGGUAUGUGGUGGUGGCUGGGGGGGAGGGCGCCGCCGUGCCCAGAUUCCUGCCCCUCGACUCACCCUUCGCCCGCAACCCGAACAUCAAUCACCCGCCGCUCUUCGCUUGUAUCAUGCGCCGCACCUCAGGUAUCAAGGUGCUCGAGUGCCAUGCCUUCAUAUGUAAGCGUGAAACGCCAGCCAACGCCUUGGUGCGUUGCUGCUUCCACGCCUACGCCGAUUCUAUGUACGCCCGCAGCCUGGAGGGCGGCGGCACCAGCCAGUACGACUCAGUGUACGGCGGGCGGAUCACUGAAGAGCGGGUCAUCGAGAUCGAAGACCUAGGCAGCGGCACUUCGGAGAUCAUCCCAGCCUCGCUCUCGCUGGGUUCUUCCCCGACCCAAGAUGCACCCGCCUCCCCCACCUCUCAGGGCUCUCCAGGCGACGAGGUCUCCAUCUAUAACGGCGACGAAAACCACAAGGUUUGGGCGGGGCCAUCCAAGACAGAGACCGAACUCAUAUAUUCUGACUAUUCCGGAACAAUGAGGUCCGCCCGCUCUACCUCCUCCCUGUAUGGCACCGCCGGGGGCACGCGGCCCCAGCGGCCACGCCAGAUGAUGAUGCCGCCCGUGGCUCCGCCCCCCAUGCCGGAGAGUGAAAAAGAGAAAAAGGGCAAGAAAGAAAUUAAGUACAAGGGUCGCCGGGAGGAGGACGAGAUAAGUCGAGUAAGCAACGGGGCGGGACCUCCACGCCCCGCCAGCGUGAUGAACGGCGGCGGGCGGCACCACCACAACGGCAGCCUCCCGCGGCAGCUCAACGGGCACGGCUCACCACCCAAGGCCAAGGGAAAAUUCCGCUUUAUGCAGGGCACCAGCAGCCUCUCUGAGAGGAAGAGUAAGGGCAUGCGCGGCCCUCCACCCUUCGUCCUGGUCCAGGGUCCCCCAGGGCCACAGCCUCCUCCUCAGGCCAUGCACGGACCUCAUGUCCCGCAUGGUCCUCCGAUGGGGCCACCCAUGGUGCCUCCACACAUGGGUCACCAUCCCCCGCCCAUGCCUCCCCCACACAUGAUCCCCAUGCAAGGUCCUCCUCCCCCUCACAUGGUGCCUCCGCCAGGCAUGCCACCCCACGCCAUGAUGCCGCCUCCUGGACCCAUGGGCCCCUACGGACCCCCAGGGCCCUACGGUCCUCCCGGGCGCCGGCCGCCGUCCCGCGUGCUGGAGGAGCCCAUCUACAUGCCGUCCAACCGGCCUCUGAGCCCCACGGCCUCGUACCAGCCGGGCCACUUCCCGCACGAACAAUACCUGAUGGAGCAGUACGCCACCACCGGACGCCCCAAGCACCGGAAGAAGAAAAAGAGCGGCGGCAAGAAGGAUGGCGACGAGGAUAUAUACGGCAAGAAGGGACACCUCAACGAGCGAGCCUUUUCCUAUAGUAUUCGCGAGGAACACCGAUCUCGCUCGUAUGGGUCCCUGGCUGGGCUGGGCGAGGACACCAUGACCAAGAAGGACCGGGAAAUCAUGCAGAUGGUGGCCGACCUGGACCUGAGCGGCGACGAGCUGGAGAGGGUAGAGCCACGGCCUGGCGUUUACCGCCCGCCGCAUCCUGAUAGAAUUUCAGCCUCGGGCACCAUCAACUCCAGAAUCUCCCGAGCCUCUAGGCGGUAGACUGGUCACAGAUCGAGCCCAGCGUCUCCAUCACCGCCACCGCCGCCGCCUCCACCACCUCCCUGGCUGCCACCCUUGGUCAACUUUUGGUCCUGGUCUUCGCCGCCCUGACUUCAUUUUUUUUCUUACGAUAGUCGCUGUGAGAUAGCUGCGAAGGAAAACUGUAUUAUCAUUAUUAUUAUUACUAUCAUUAUUAUUAUUAUUAUUAUUAUUAUUAUUAUUAUUAUUAUUAUUAUUAUUAUUAUCAUCACCCAUCAAUUCGAGAUACGGAGGGAAGAGAAAAUGGAAGAAUGGGGAUGGAGGGGUUGUGAGGUGGAAAGAUAUGUGUGUAAGAGGGAAGAAGAGGAGGGAGGGGAGAGGAGAGCAACUCAUUUUGCUGCCCUCUUCCAUAUCAUUUUUCUUGUUCCUUCCCCUGAGAGAGAGAGAGAGAGAGAGAGAGAGAGAGAGAGAGAGAGAGAGAGAGAGAGAGAGAGUAUUGUGCUCAGCUUGUGUGGCGAUCAAAGUACAUGUGCCAUGGCGGGUCACGCGAUGUAGUAGUAGGCCUAAACAAUGUGUCAAGAUUAACUAGGCGAACAGGCUCCACCUCCUCCAACCAAGCGACCAAUCGUAUGCGUGUUCCCCCCAGCAGCCACCAAUAGCACGCGUCUGACGGAGGGAAAUGGGUGGAGCUUAUUCUGUUGUUAACCAAUGGUGUCUCUUAGAAGGGGGAAGGAGGGCGGGGCUUCUCCAUUAUGUUGCUAUGACUUUUGUAUCAACUAUAAUAUUUAAUACUCACUGUAACCCCAUCACGCAGAUAUUUUGUAGGGAGAAGUUGAUCAACUGACAGUUUAUUUCCCAGGCGGCCUAUCAUAUUAUUAUUAUUAUUAUUAUUAUUAUAAUUAUUAUUAUUAUUAUUAUCAUUGUCAUUAUCAUUACUGUCACAGAGAGAGAGGUCUGUAUUUCUCUUGUAAUAUUCUCAUGGAGAAACCAUGGAAAAAUAUUUUUUACAUUUCCAUUACAUCCACGGCGAGAAACAAGCCUUUAGACAGGAGAACAUGGUCUUUAGACAGAAGUGUCUGUUUAGCAUUCCGUCUAUAGGCAGGAUUUGGCGGGUCUCUCUCUCUCUCUCUCUCUCUCUCUCUCUCUCUCUCUCUCUCUUUAAUCCCGCCUCUCCAUCUCUUAUCACAGCGAAUACGAUAAAUGUUUUCUUUAAGUUGUAUAUUUAUUACAUUAUCUCACAUAUCUUAGCACUGUCUUACCUCGAAUGUUAGAGAAACAGCCUUGUGUUUCAGAUGUACAUAAAAAGUAUAAAGUUUCUGUAUGUGUCUGUGAAUACGUAUAUGUUUACGAAGGAUUAUUUUAACCCUGUGUGUGUGUGUGUGUGUGUGUGUGUGUGUGUGUGUGUGUGUGUGUCAACAGCUCAGUUACUCCUCGGACACUCGUUGAUUUAUAACACAUUUUUAAUUAAGCAUAAAUGAGGCAGCGCUUGAUGGUCAGGUCUUCCCGUGUGAUGUAUUAUAAAUUAGACGGUGAGCACCUCUCUCUAUACAUACAUACCAUAUUAUUUUUAUAUGUGCGACCGUGUACGUGUGUGUGUGUGUGUGUGUGUGUGUGUGUGUGUGUGUGUGCUGCACCUUUGGCGUGCUAGGGUUUGUUCGCCAAUUUCUACGUAGUAUACCUAUCAACACUUAGACAUACCUAAAAAAAUAUACUUGGAAAAAUCAAUCUGUGGUAUGGAUAUUGAUUAUUGUUCAAGAAAAGAAAGUUAUAUCAAUCGCUUUAAUACCAAUAGUUCACUUUCAUACCUCAGCUGAAUAAUUAUUUUCCAGGAGGGAUAUUUUUUCCUUAUUGAGGGUUAAGAAUACUGAUUACAAUGGUACUUACAAACUGGCGAACAAUUCCUGCCACAGAAGGUACGGUGCUAACUCACGAUGAGCCCAUGGGCCUCCUCUUCCUCCGCCCCUCCCACUCCUAUGCCAAUAACGUCUCCCCCGAGCAGCCAGCCACACCCUCACACGCUUGCCAUGUCUUCCAUCUAGCCAGUCAAAUGCAUCAGAGGUAUCGGGUAGGUUGGUUGGGAGGCGUAUGGGCUCAUCCGGGAAGUAACCUUGAAUAGAGUCAAAGUUUUUAGCAUCUUCGCGGCCGCCAAGCCAGCUCAGUGUUUUUAAUAAGGUUUUGGGUCCUGAAUCCCCUCGCGCCUUGUCACGCCAGUUGCCGUGUGCUCGCUUCACGCCGGUGUUGUUAGCGAUCCCUAUACACGUUCAUCUUGCCGCCACUGUUGCCUCCUCGUUAUAGAAGCUCUUCUAGUGACGGCUUGCAAGACUCGAAAUGUUUACCCUUAGAACGGUUAUAUAAUGCUGCACAAAUGAUGAGUUGUCACAGGCACUUUAUUACAAGACUGGAAAUGGCUGAAAAUCAUUUCAAGUUAUAAAAACAUGCAUAAUUGGCACUAAAAUACUUACCGAAGGCUUGCGAGACUAUAUACCAUGUAAAUAAGAAAAAAUAUAUCAUUCUGCAUAAAAGUAUAUGGCUUGCAAGACUGAAAGUAGGUACAUAGUUAAAAUAAGAAAGUACGCCAAACAUGUUUCUCCAUAAAUUUUUCAGCCUCGGCCCUUCCAUUGCUGUUAUCGUUGAUGUGCUUGUUUUAGACAGUCCGUUAACGAUAUGUUCAGCCGCGUGACGCAUGUAUGGAUGCUCCGGAUCGAGACUCAUAAAUAGCGAUCGAAGCAGUGCAGUCGUGUGCUCCAUGAACCGCCCCUCCUAAGGUAGGCUACACGUGUGUCUUGGUCGGUGUCUCAUCAUGUCGCCUCCCCUGCCUUCCGGGGAGCUGGCAUGAACUCUUCCGUCAGCUCAAGUAUAGCAUGCACACAGAGGAGCCUACCUCGGCCGUUGUCUCUUCACAUACUCAACGAUGUCGUUCUGUCGAUGCUCAAACUCAACAGGCGUCUGUCUCUCAGUCUGAGGCUUUCUGUGAGACGCGAGGAGGCAUUGUUUUAGCUCGUAUAACAAGCAACACUUUGAAGAAUAUAAGACGCACAGAAGCGUAAACAUCGUAUCCUUCUAUCAGCUUCAGCUCUGUGCAGUUACUCAGAUAAGUACCAUAUUUGAAGUGCUCGCACUAAUUAUUAUUUUCCUCGUCGCUUAUUAUUCACACACACACACACACACACACACGGCGAAUAAUUACACGUUUGAGCUGAUGCGUUCGUCAUUUCGGUAAUCAAUACAAACACCAACUCUGGAAGUGAGGAAAAGACUGUAGUAGCCUACUUCUCAAAUUAUCAUUUUCAAGAGGUGGCAUAUUGGUCGUUACAUGUUUGAUGGUCGGUGUCUCCGGAUAUCCCAGGAUGAUAGUGAACAGUGCGGGGCCGUAGCCACUGGUGAUAGUUUAGUUUGUGAAGGUGCGGAAGGUGGCGAGGGCACGGCGGCGACCAGACAGGUGCGAGAGGCUUCAGACCUCCUUGUACAGCGUCGGGGCGUCCGGCCCCCAAGAUAAUACUGUUCAUUGACUUUAGUUGAUACAGCAGCAGUGACUGGUGCCACAGAGUAAUAAUAUGUACAGCCAGUGUAUAACUUUAGGGAAUAAACUAUAUGGACCAGCA